CAAUAUUUUCCGAAAAAUAUAUACAAAAGGGAGAGGCCCCACUCGACCUGCCCCAGAAACUGCAUUGCUGAAAUGAAGAAUUUCGAUGAAUGGAAACCUUUCCUAGUAAUGAUAGCUAUUGAUUUUUGUUUAACCAUGGUGAACAUCCUUCUCAAGCAAGUCCUUCAAAAGGGAAUGAACCAUUUGGUUUUUGUCACAUAUCGUCUUUCAGUUUCUACUAUAUUUUUAGCCCCCAUCAGCUACUUUAAGGAAAGAAAUAGAAGACCACGGCUCACAUUUCAAAUUUUAUGCUACCUUUUCUUCAGUGCCAUUAUUGGGGCAUCCGUGACACAGUACUUCUUCCUUUUGGGGAUCCAAUAUACCUCAGCCACAUUUGCCUGUGCCUUUGUCAAUAUGGUGCCGGUGAUAACCUUCAUCAUGGCAUUGCCAUUUGGGCUAGAAACAGUGAACAUUAAAUGCAGAGGUGGGAAAGCGAAGAUUCUGGGUACAUUUGUGUGUGUAGGAGGGGCAUUAGUGUUGACACUUUACAGAGGAAAACCCUUGUUUGAUGUGUCUCACUAUGAAACAAGAGUUCCUCCGGUAGCCAUGAAAUCCGCAGUUGACGAAGGUAGUUCUAGUGGUAGAACAGCACAGAAAUGGAGCAUUGGUGUAAUAGCUUUGAUGAUGGGAACCCUGUUCUGGUCUUUCUGGUUUAUUCUACAGUCAAAAAUAGGGAAGAGGUAUCCUUGCCAGUACUCUAGCACAGCCAUCAUGACCUUCUUUGGAGCCAUGCAAGCAGCUAUUCUUGGUUUGUCCACUGGCACCAACUUGUCCUCUUGGAUUCUCAAGGAUAAGAUGCAAAUAAUCACUGUUCUUUAUUCUGGGAUAGUUGGGUCAAGUGUGUGCUACGUGGGGAUGUCAUGGUGCGUGAAGAAGAGGGGUCCAGUCUUUACAGCAGCAUUCAGCCCUCUGGUACAGAUAAUGUCGGGCAUGAUUGAUAUACCAUACUUGCACGAGCAGCUUCAUCUUGGAAGUGUGGUGGGCUCCGUGUUGGUGAUGAUGGGCUUGUACAUUCUUCUUUGGGGCAAAAGCAAGGACAUGAUGCAGAAUACUGACCCUAAGUUCCUCCAACAACCUGAGCAAACCAAGGAACAAGAACCACAAGUAUAACGUAUAUAUAUUGUUGCUGUAAUCUCUCACGUAUGGUGCCACGCAAUGAAUCAAGUGGCACUACUUUAUGUUUAUCACUUUGGAUAAUUUCAACCAUGUUUCUGUCCUGCAUCUCUUUUCUUA